AUGGCCUCCUUAGAUGGUCCUACACAUGGCAAGGCUGUGAUAUGUACCGAUUUGGCGGAGCCAUCGUUUGUACCAAGUUUAUUUUAUCGACUAACCGGGUUGAGUCAAUUCGAUACGGUAAAUCUGAACCUAUGCACACAUCUCAUUUAUAUGGAUGUCAGUUUUACAAGAAUAACAGAUUUCUCGAAUCCGUGGCCAUACGUAACGUCAGACUAUAGCCACGUGCAGAUCUUACGAAAAAGAUAUCCACAUUUAAAGAUUUCCUUAGGUAUUUUAAACGACGCCAACGAUCUAGCUAACAUUGCAUCCGAUCAAAUCAGUCUCCAGAAAUUCAUUAAAUCGGCACUCGAUUUUGUUUUAAAUAACAAUUUGGAUGGCCUGAAUUUGUACUGGAAUUAUUUGGAUUGGAAUAUUUACGACAAAUCGUCUGCCAAAGCGAAUAUUCUGACACUCGUAAUGGAGCUCUCCAACAGAUUCAAGCAUCGUCAGUUAUUGCUUACAUCGGCUUUCGCAGAACAUACGACCGAAACAUUUGAGGAAAUCUAUGACUAUGUGGAAAUGUCCAAAUAUCUCGAUUUCAUGCAUUUUAAUAAACUGCAAAAAGUUGAUGCAAUCAUCAAAUUAGGGGUUCCACCAUCAAAAAUCAUUAUUGAAUUCAAUACCAAAACAUUGUCGGAUCGAGUGGCUCAAUUCAUGUUAACUGACUUGUAUUCAUUUAUGAAUUCAUUUAAAGUUUUUUUGAAAUACAAUGAAAUUUGCGAUUUGCUGUCAACCAAUGAAGUGAUUAGCAAAGUUUAUGAUGCGAAUACCGAGCAGAUGGUUGCACACUACGUUGAUGGUAAAUCGAAUAAAAUGCAUUCCAUCAGCUACGAAAGUACAUACACUCUGGCCAAUAAAACCAGACGGGCAAUGAGACAUAAUUUAGGCGGUGUGUCAGUUAACAACAUUGAUGCAGACGAUUCAAAAGGAAGAUGCAAAAUUGAAACAGACACUUUCGACGAUUUCGUAACAAAUUCAAAUGUCACACUGAAUAUACCGAUUCGGCGCGAUCCCACUUUCCCGCUUUUGAGAACCAUCAAUGAAGCCAUUGUCCUUGCUCUAGAUGAAAUGGGUCAACCACCAAAACCAAUUGAUAAUAAAAUAUCAAGUAGAAAACAAAGUAAUAACGUCCCAACUUGGGAUACACUUCUCGCCAAUUUCAUAGAUAGUUUCUAA